AUGGCAAUCUUAAAAAUUUCUGAACUUCGUCGAAUAAUAGCUAGACAACCACUUAGUUCUCCAGUACAUUUGCCUUUACAGGGAAAGGGAUCUGAACAAAAAGAAGGAAAAAAUAUUAAAAAUGUUGAUCAAAAACGUGGACUUCUUUUAUUUCAGUGUUCAUUUCAUCAACGUUCAUUACCUUUAUUACAAUUAAAUAAUCCAAUAACAAUACCAAAAGAACAAUUUAAUAAUACCAAUAAUAUAAUAAAUCAACAACAACAAUUUAAUAAUAUACCUCAAUACAAAAAAAGUCCAACAAGAAGUCCAAGUAAAAAAAGUUCAAUUCCAUCAUUGGGAAGUUUAAAAAGGAGAACACCCAAACCCGUGCAACAACAUUAUAUUUAUAAUGUUACUGAGGAUAGAUUAAAUAAUAAUUUAAAUAAUAAUAAUAGUGAUAAUGUAGAGAAGGCAAAACAAUUACAGCAACAAUUAGAAAAUGAAAAACAAAUUCAUUACAAUAUGAGAGCAACAACAGCAACAAGUGAUGAGGAAAGUUUAAUGCCAAAACAAUCAUUUGAUACAGCGAAUGCUUGGAGUAGUCCAGAGAGACAAUUAAUUGAAGAGGAACAAAAACAACAACCACAAAAUAUUUAUAAUUUACAAAUUAGAAAAACUAUAAGUGACAGCAAUGCUUUAUUAUUUAAAUAUGAACAGAAUGGAACAAAUAAUAGAAAACAGAGUGCUCCUGGAACACCUCAAACAACCCAAAGGGAAGAAGAAAAAGAAGAAAUAUUAAAACAGCAAGCCGUUGAAAUACCAAAUGGAGUUAACAAUCAAUCUCCACCACAACAUCAAAAUAUUUCUGAUAAUCAAAAACGAAAACCAUCCAAAGAAGUAAAUGAUCCACAAAAUGCUAACGAUGCUUAUGAUCACUUAUUUAAUGGAAUGCGUGCCCCAAAUGCAGCUGCAACUGCAGCAACACAUCCUGCCAUGGAAAUUUUCCGAUUACCUGCAGAGAAAGAAACGAGUGUAACUGAAGAUGCGGAUGAAUUAAGGAGAAGAGCCAAGGAUAGGGAACGGCAAGCAAGAGGAAGGAAGGAGCGAAGAAAUUUUUUUGAACAGAUUCGUGCUCGUCUUUCAGGUCCCCUUAGGCUAUUUCCUGGAAGACAGAGUCAAAGAGCUAAAUCUCUCGACGACUACGAACAACAUUUAGAAGAAGCUGCUGUUUCAAUGCCCCAAUCACGUGACCAAUCCCAACAAAGAAAAGCAAGUGGUGGGGGCCUUCACGAAGAACAUAUUCGACAACAAAGAUUAAUACAAUCUGCUGGCCCUUCAAGUAUGGCAACUUCAACAGCAAAUUUAAUCUCUUCCUCUUCUCGGCAACAUAACGUGAUGAGUCGAAGCCAUUCACAAAGCCAACUCGUUCUAGAAUUAAUUGGCCCAGAGGAGGAAGGACCUAAAUAUUACUCUAUCCCAGCAGAAAUAUCUAAUGAACCAGCGGUUGUUAAAUUAAUGCAAAGUGGCAAAAAAUUACAUAUUUUAAAUUCACAUAUUUUAGUUGCGUCAAAAUCACGCGGACGAGUUAUUUGUUCUGUUUGUAAUAAAAGGAUUGGUGGGAACUUUUCUACAAGACAAGCAUAUCAAUGCAGAGAUUGCCGCAUAAUUUGUCACAAAAACUGCCAUCAACAAAUUGACUGGAAAUGUGAAAAUUCUACAAGUAUUUCUAAUUUACUUGUAGAAGAAGUUGAUUGGGCUGAAUUUCUUCGGCAUCACCAAUUAAGGGAAUUUAUAUCUGUUGGGAAUUUGUGA